AUGUCGAGAGGUGGAGUCAAGUCGUCAUCCCCACGGCCCCGAUACGUCUGGAAGAGUUUGCGACAGGCUUGGAAAAGCAAUCCGCACAGGAAGCCGAACCGCGUCGCGCCGCGACACCACGACUCGAAACCCCCCAUCUCGACCGACACGGAUCCGGGACCAGGCGUUGAAGCCAUCGCGACACUGGUGUUCAGUCGCCGCCCCGCCGUCAACAUGUUUGGCAUCUUGGGCGCCCGCGACCGCAGCGACGGCACCGAGGAAUAUGCCUCGUUUGAUGAGCUCUUCGCGGCGCUGAAGACGCGUAUGCAAAAGGAUGGGUACAAGGUCGUCAAGUCGCGUACGCAUCGAAACAAGGUCGGCGGCACAUACGAGAAAGGGAGCGAGGUCGUCAGAUGCGAUCUCGUCUGCGACCGCGGUGGGCAGCCUUACAAAUGCACGGCGACACAGCUGAAGACGUCCACCAAGAAGACCAAUUGCCCUUGGAAGGCCAAGGCCGUCAAUCGCAAGACCCUGGGGAAAUGGAUCUUGACGAUCAUAUGCAGCGAACACAACCAUGAGGCGCGCACGCCUGACCCGCCGACCGAUGAGGAGGAUGCCGAUGCCGAAGGAGAUGCCGACAUCGUUCAGGACGUAUCAGUUGUCCCAGACGUGCAGAGCUCUGGCCCGGCCCCAGAUCCCACAACAGCCGCCCUUCUUGCUGCAGUUGGUGCCUCCCCAAACACGAUGCGCCUCACUGGCGAUACUUUCCACAACUUUAAGUCGGAAUAUCGAAAGAUGUCGAAACCAGAACGCCUGGGCAUACUAGCCCAGAUGCAACUGCGCAUCGCGGCUAUAUACGCUGUCGAGAACGAGGACAUGCAGCGGCAAGAAAGACAGGCCCGGCAGGAAAAGAAACACCAGGAGAUUGAGGAGAGUCGACGCAAAUCACAAAGCACACAACAACCACAGCAGCAGGCACCACAGCAACAACAGCCGCAACCACAGCCGCAGCAGCAGCCGCAGCAACAGCAUCAACAACCUCCUCAGCCGCAGCAACAACAGCAGCAUCAGCAAGUGCAGCAUCAGCAAUAUCAGCAACAUCAGCAACAUCCCCAGCACCAGCAGCAACAAGUACAGAAUCAUAAUCUUAACCACAACCACAACCACAACCACAACCGGGUUCAGCAGCAGAUGAACCAAAUGUCCCGGGAUGGCAUGGCCGGUAUGUCCAAGCACCCGUUCGAGCAGACCACCCACGACGAACACGCGCAAUAUAGAGACCGACAAGCAGAGAUUGAGGAGCGCAACCAAAGGACAAUGCAGAUGCGUGGGCAGCACCUCAACAACGCUUUCCAGCAGCAGAAUGCCGUCCAGCAGACGCCCAUUCCCGUGCCCCAGUUUGGCAUGCAGCCGGCGCAAGGCCAGCCGGCAGUGUUCCAUUCAUACACGGCGCCGCCUACAAACAAUGCAAUGCCAAAGGGAGCGGCGGGUGGCUCGCCGGCCACGGGUUCAAAGAGGCGUGGCCGGCCAAAGAAGACGGCCAUGGACCAGAGCCUCGACGCCAGUCUUCACAUGGGGAGGUAG